CAAGUCCCAAGAUGCACCCCUGCGUCAAUCCCUUUUGCUUCUCUUCAGGGAGCCACACGUCGUCUUAUUUGUGUGGUUACGCUGCAGUCGUUGAACGCGGUGAGAAUUGGAAUACUUAGCUUGAUACUUACCCCACCUUAUCCUAAUUUAGUGUAAGUGUGAGGACAAAAGGCCGCCAGACGUGACUUUGUUUACGGUUCCGAGCUCAAAAAAGAAGAUUUUGAAGACUCGUGGUCAGCUCAAAGCCACGUACAGGAUUUUUCCCUCCGUAGUUUUCGUCAAGACUUUUGGAACAUUGCUGCACUUAAGCUCUUUAUUUUAUUAAUAUUAUUAUUACAAUACAAUAGAAAGUCUUUGAUAUAACAGGCGCUUAGAGGUUGGAAGCAAGAUUGGAUAUUGGACGUUGCCAAAGUUUAGAAUUAAAUACUCGAUCCAAUUCGACUUAUUAACACGCUUUAUUUAAGGAUAUACGCCCUAUAAACGUGUAUUUUAUUGCUUUAGAUUGUUUUUCAACAUCGUCUGCUUCAGUCCAUUUUGACCUAAGUGUCGCGUAUCCUCGACUGUCUCGAUACCUUUUAAAUUUCAUUAUUAUUAAUUUUACUGCUCCCCAAUCCACCAACGAUGGCUUUUAGUGCGCGAGCGUUGGUCCACUUUUUGCGGCCGUCUUGUGUGCUGCCGCUGCUGUUGGCUUUAGCGAUGCUCCAUGCCGGAGCCGAACAGGCCAAGCAGAAGGCGCCGGCGGCCGGGAAGGAGAGCCGGCCGACGGUCACCCUCCGCGGCAUGCUCGGCGGAAGCAGCCAGGAGUUCCACAGCUACGUGGAGUCACUCUUGGGAGUCGGCGCCAUCCGAUCAGCUGCAGAGUUUCUGGGGAUGGUGAUCCGCUUCCUGGCCGAAGGAGCUGCCAGUGGCCUCAACGUCAUCGCCGUGUAUGUCACAGAGAUCCUCAGGGUCACAGGAUUUGAUGCUGCCCUCACGCUACCCCGCUUUACCCCAGAGGGCGUGACCACCGUGGCCCAGUGGGGUGUCGUGGCCGUCAUCGGCUACUGGGUUCUGACCAUCCUCCUGCGCUUGGUGAUCGACACGCUGCGCCACGUCUUCUGGUUGGUGAAAAUGGCAGCGGUGCUCUGGCUCUUCGCCAUGAUCGUGAGCGACGGCAGCGCCAGCGCGGACACCACGGCCGUGCGCCUGGGCGGCCUGGUGCUGGGAUACAUCUUGUUGACCCUGCUCACCACCGGCUCGAACAAGAACGGUGUGCUCGAGCAUCGUCUGAAGAGCCUGGAAGGCCGAGUGAAGGCAGUGGAAAAGAGGAAAGGCAACUAGUGAGGAAACAUUGGACAAAGGUGACAGUGAAGAGCGAUCAGUUUUCGUUUCUGUGUGUUCAAACUAUGGUGGGCAAUAAAAGUGGAUUUUUAAUCAGUAA